CUCACGGCCUCCCUCUGCCUGUUAAAGGGGAAUCACUGUCUGUCCCAAGCUCUGCACAGCGAAGUUAAAGUCAAAGGCAUCUUGGAAGAGUUUUGCAACAGGCAGCUCUGGCUUUGGGAGCUCUGGCUAGACCCGUCUUCUGUUAGUGGCCCGCUCCGGGAACCGGGAAAACAUUUCCCCACCGCAACAGUAAAGCUGGGUGCUGGGCUCCCUCCAGCCCUGCCACAGAUCAGCUGGAGCUGCGGGGCACAUGAUGUACACGAUUACCAGGGGACCUAGCAAGCUAGCCACCCAGAGAAGGACAGGUCCCACGCAGCAGGUGGAGAGCAAGGCGGCGGAUCUGAAAGGCCGGCAGCCGCCGCACAGCGCCUGGCCUCUGUCAAGUAGCCCAACUCCCAAACUCGUGUUCAACAGAGUGAAUGGCAAGAGGCCCCCGGUGACGACACAGCCCACGGCAGCCACGGAGGAGAGCUACACGCUGGCCCACGAGGAGAAUGUCCGCUUUGUCUAUGAAACCUGGCAGCAGGUAGAACAGCAGCUGGACGGCAGCCGGCCAGGGGAGAGCCGGCAUGCCCCGGUGCAAUACGCAGAGAAAACUCCUAACCCCGUGUUGACAAUCUCUUCCUCUCUUUCAGAUUUUGUGCCGAUUGACCUGGAGGAGUGGUGGGCGCAGCAGUUUCUAGCCAAAAUUGAAAACGGCUCAUAAAAAAACCCAACCAAAAAUACAGUGUAAAAAAUAUUAAGUUAAAGAAAUACUUGUUAAAAUAAUCCCAGCCCAAGUGACGCCACUGGAACUGGACCACGGCUCCGCCACGCUACCCACAGCCCUCGGCCCGGUCCGGGGAGGAGAGCAGCCCACUGCCCCAGCUCGAAUUCCUUAAGUGCCAGUGUUCAGACACUUGAAACUCCUGCAGCCUCUGGGGCCCGGCGACACAGCUGCAGGGUGGGUGGGGGGAGAGAGGACUGUGCCCCCCGCUCAUCAUCUCUCUCCUCUUUCUGCCCCUUGAGCUUUUCCCCAUGGGAAGACAAUGGUUACCUGUAGCCAGGACCUUGAUACAAUAAAGAGCUGAAACUGCCAGUGGAUGGAA